UCGACAACCCGCGCGGGAAGAGCUAGAGCUGCCAGACCGAGCAAGACAGCUGGGAGACAGCAGCGCCGGCGCCUGCAAUCUACCUAGCAACCGACGACGCCACCGCCGGCGCGCUAGUGACGUCAGAAGCGGGCGCCACACACGAAGGGAGCGCGGGAGGCGGAGGUGGCGACUUCUCUGUCAUGGAGCUGGUGCCGGAAGCGCGGGAAUUGGGUCUCUGGGCGGCUGAAGAGAUGGGGGUGCCCGAGGCAGCCCGUGCCCCGGAGUCAACGCUGCGCAGGCUGUGUCUGGGCCAGGGGGCUGACAUCUGGGCCUACAUAUUGCGGCAUGUACACAGUCAGAGGAAUGUCAAGAAGAUUCGGGGAAAUCUACUCUGGUAUGGCCACCAGGACCGUCCAGAGGUCUGUCGGAAGUUGGAGCUGGAAGCCACUGUGUCCCGCCUAAGGGCAGAGAUCCAAGAGUUAGACCAGAGCCUGGAGCUGAUGGAGCAAGAGAAUGAAACCCAGGACAUGGCCACAGAGCAGGCACUGCAGAGCAUGCGAGACACCCAGCAUCGAGCUCUCCUCCUCCGGGCCCAAGCUGGAGCUGUGCGAAGACAGCAGCAUGGGCUCCGAGAUCCCAUGCAGUGGCUACAGAAUCAGCUCAAGCACCUGCAAGACAUAGAGAGGAAGGCCAAAGUUGAUGUGACCUUUGGAUCUCUGACAUCAGCAGCCCUGGCCCUGGAGCCCAUGGUCCUGCGUGAUGUCCGAACAGCCUGCACCCUCCGAGCCCAGUUCCUGCAGAACCUCCUGGUGCCUCAGGCCAGGGGAACCAGUGUCCCAAGCCCCCAUGAUGACCACUUUGGAGCUUCUUACCAGCAGUGGCUCAGUUUAGUAGAGACACUGCUGACAAACCACCCCCCAGGCCACGUCCUGGCUGCCCUGGAGUACCUGGCUGCAGAGCGGGAGGUGGAGAUCCGGUCCCUGUGCGGUGGGGAUGGGCUCGGAGACAUGGAGAAAUCCAGACCCCAGGCCCUGGCCUCGGCAGACUCGAGCCAAGCCCUGCCGUCCCUGGUGCAUCUCAUCCAGGAGGGCUGGCAGGCGGUGGGGGCACUGGUCACCCAGCGGGGAGCCCUUCUGAAGGAGCGUCAGGUCCUGACUGGCCACCUCCAGAGCCUGGUGGAGGAGACGGAGAGACACAGCCUUGGACCCAGCGAGAGGAAGGCGCUAAUGCUGGGCCUUCGAGCCUGUGGCCUGCGGGCAGAGCUCAAAGCCUUGUGUUCCCAGAGCCAGGAGCUGGAGGAUGCAUCUGGGCAUCAGCAGCUCCUCCUGCGGGAGCUGCAGGCCAAGCAGCAUCGCAUUCUGCACUGGCGGCAGCGGGUGGGAGAGACCCAGGAACAGAUUCGCCUACUCAUCAAGGGAAACUCAGCCAGCAAGACACGCCUGGGCCAGAUCCCCGGGGAGGUGCUGGCUCUGGUUCAGCGAAAGGUGAUCCCUACUUCUGAGGCAGUGGCACCACAAAGCCAAGAGUUGCUGCACUGCCUGGAAGAGGGAGCCCGGCACCUGCCUCACAUCCUACUGAGCACGCUGCUACGGCACAGCCCUGGAGGGUUGAAGCCCCUGCCCACACUUCUACCAUCCAUCCACCAGCUGCACCCCGCGUCCCCCAAGGGCUCCAGCCUUAUAGCACUGAGCCACACACUGGGGCUGCCUGCAGGAAAGGGACCAGAGCUGCUGCUCCCAAAGGCUGCCUCUCUUCGCCAAGACCUUUGGUUCCUCCAGGACCAGCAGAGUCUCCGGUGCAGGGAUCUGCUUCACAUGAAGACCAGUCUGCCACCGGGACCAUCCACACAGGAGCUGCUGCAGAUCCAGGCAUCCCAGGAAAAGGAGCAAAAGGAGAGCCUAGGGCAGGCUCUAAAGAGGAUGGAGAACAUGCUGAAACAGGCACUGGAACGCAUCCCCGAACUCCAGGGAGUCGUGGGGGACUGGUGGGAGCAGCCAGGCCAAACCGCCCUCUCUCAGGAGCUCUGCCAGGGCCUGUCCCUGCCCCAGUGGCGGCUUCGCUGGGUCCAGGCCCAGGGAGCCCUGCAGCAGCUGUGCAGAUGAGGAAGAGGCUCCCUCUAGAGCCAAGCAUUCCACGCUUUUUCACCCGGCACCUCUCCUUCCCCAAUAAAACAUUCAAAAGAAAGCAUGGUCAGGAUUGGCAGCCUGUAGUCUCUGCAGUCCCCCUAGGGCUGUUCUGCUCCUCUCUCUUCCUACCCUCCCCUUGUAUCCCAUCAAAGCCGAGAGAAUGGGGUAUCCGGGAGCACACCCCGUGUACCCCUUAAAGUCGCAGCAUGACUUUCACCCUCAGCAGUGUAACUCCUUAGGGAACUGAGGAUACAGCACUGAACAAAAUGGCCCAAUGUCCCUACCUUUAGGAAGUGAUGGGGGCAGACAGUUGUGAGGUAAGGGAGUUUUGCUGGAAGAAAACUGUGAGAAAAUAAUGCAGGUAUAGGGGAUGAGUUUUUUUGUCUUGUUUGUUUGGUA